CCCCUGCCAGGAGCGCCUGCCGGAAGAUGGCGGCGGCCGCAGAGCUGACGCUGCUGGAGAAAUCCCUGGGGCUGAGUAAAGGGAACAAAUACAGCGCUCAGGGCGAGCGCCAGAUUCCAGUUCUUCAAACAAACAAUGGUCCAAGUCUAACAGGACUGACUACUAUAGCAGCUCAUCUUGUCAAGCAGGCCAACAAAGAAUAUUUGCUUGGGAGCACUGCAGAAGAAAAAGCAAUCGUUCAGCAGUGGUUGGAAUACAGAGUAACUCGAGUAGAUGGACACUCCAAUAAAGACGAUAUCCGCACUCUGUUGAAGGAUCUUAAUUCAUAUCUUGAAGAUAAAGUCUACCUUACAGGAUAUAACUUUACCUUAGCAGAUAUCCUAUUGUACUAUGGACUUCAUCGCUUUAUAGUUGACCUGACAGUUCAAGAAAAGGAGAAAUAUCUUAAUGUGUCUCGCUGGUUUUGUCACAUUCAGCAUUAUCCAGGGAUCAGGCAACAUCUGUCCAUUGUUGUCUUCAUCAAGAACAGACUAUAUACUAAUUCCCACUAGGAGCUAUCCAUGACAUACAGAAGCAUGAUCACAAAUAUUUUAAAUGGAAAGUAUAUUCUGGACCAGAGAAAUAACGUAAAUGGAUACACAGUCAUUCUUUAUUUGCUGAAGUUGGAAUAAACUUAUGUCUGAAUGUUUAUUUGUUCUUCAGUUGAAAUUUUGCAGCUUUUAUAUAAAAAUUCAACUGUCAAAACUUGAGAUCAAGUUAUAAAUUAACCUUUUUUUCAUAGAUGAAAUUUAUUUUAGUAAAACUUGCAAAUCAGUGGCUUAAUCUUAAGGGAAAAAAAACAGUCCUUUCAGUGGUGACAUAACUUGGCUAUUUAUCGACCUCCGUCUCAUAUUUUACAAUUCAUUUCCCCCUUAUGGAUAUUUACAGUAAUUUGUUUAAUAACUAUAAUAAAUUGUGCCAAGUAUACAGAAAGGGAAGACAGAUGGAUUUGUUUUCAAAUAAUUUAUGUGAGCCAGUAAAUGUGGUUGAAAAAAUC